AUGUCAGCACCAGCCAAGGUCCAGUCCUUGCCAUACAUUGCUCUGCAGCCCUCGCUGCCGCACGUCAUCGCCGACAUCACUCACCCACGCUCGACUGUCGCCGCCGAGAACGCCUGGGUUUCCGCUUACCGCCUUCCUUCAAUCCCUCCGGACGAGGCCGCGAAGGCGAAGGAGGGGAGUGUAAAUGGUCGGAUUAGGGUCAGCGAGGCGGACGAGCCUGGCGAAGUCGAAGUCGAGGGUCGGGACGGCGUUGAGGUCGAGAUGAAGUCAAAGAGCGAGUUCACGAUCGCCUGCCCGAAACUCGACAUCCCGCCGACACCUGUCCUCCUCCCUACUCCUUCGCUCAACGCCGACUCGACCGCUUCCACUUCCGCCAACUCGGGAUCGCAAGAAGCGCCCGCUCCUUCUCUCCUCCGUCUGCCGGCCCGCGGCGGAAUCGAAUCCUUCGCAUUGAGCGGGGACGAGCGAAGGGUGAUCGUCGCCGGACGGGAUGGCCAGGCGAGGGCUGUCGAGGUUGUGCGAUUCGAGGAAGGCGCGAGCACGAGAGGGAAGAGGCUGGGCAAGGGGAAGGAGACGGCGUUGAGAGGACAUGUUGGUGACUUGACGGCGGCAGAAUUCUUCCCGUCGAAUGAGGUGGCCUUGACUGCAAGCAGCGACAUGACCUUACGGGUGUUCUCGGCGACGGACGGCUCGUCACCGCGCGUGCUUAAAGGUCACACAAAACGCGUCACCGGCCUCGCCAUCCUGCGCUCCGCCUCACUAGGCGGUCCUCACAAGGGUCGCGAAGUCAUCUCUUCAUCCCUUGACGGGACGAUCAAGCUCUGGGAUGUACCGACUGCGACGGCUACCACGACGUGGACGCUCUCGCAGCCCGUAAGCACGAUGAGCGUGGUCCAGAUUGGCGAUGAGGAUGCGCAGGAUGUCAGGCGUGGCAAGUUCGUUCUGGCGGCGCACUCGGACGGCUCGAUUUCUUUCUUCUCCCUCGCCUCUCAGCCUGUCUCCGGUAUCCACCCCGCUACGACGGUCUUCCGCGCCUCGUCCACCUCGGCGAUCGACGCCCUCUCCACGCUUUCCUUCCACUGUUCUGACACACUCGUGGUCGCCGUUGGCUUCCGAAACGGCACCGUCUCCGUCUUCUCCGUACCGCUAUCCUCACUAGCACACGUCGCUGAGCCGAGGCAACCUAUCAGUACAUGGCGACGAACGGAGGGCAGCCAGAUCCACAGCCUUCGCCUCAGUCAGCGACGUGCGACGUCGCACUCACCUUCACCAGACGACGGGCUCAGCAUCCUUGUCGCAUCCUCAGACGGCAUGGCGUACCGAGCGAAACUCUCUCUGCAGGACGGUGCAGUCGAGGUGGCAGAGGAGUUUGUCGGGCCUGAUUGUGAGCCGGUCACGGGUAUCUGCGAGGACACGGCGGGGAGGGUGUGGAUCUCGGCGGGUGGCGCACAUGGCGGCUUGCGAGUGUAUGAGCGGGCAGCAGCGGGAGUGUAG